AGGUAGGUUGGGUGGGCCACCACUGCAGCAGUCUCAUGAUCUCAUCCGCAUCUCACACACGCACACACCACUCACACCACUCACACACUCGAUCGGUCGAUCUCUCAUUUCAGUUUCAGGGUCUGAUCCACUAGCUCGCUAAUCCCCGGUGAUUGAUGAUGGACGGCGGUCCUCCCGGGGCCCAGACGGAAGCGGCGGUGGAGGCGGCGUGCCGGGCGGUCGGGGGAACGGAGCUGAGCUGGUGUCGGGCCGUCCCGGGGGGCACGGGCACGACCGUGCUAGCGCUGCUCCUCUCCCGCCCCGCGCCGCUCCUCCUCCCCUCCCUCGUCUCCUGCCUCCGCUCCCUCCUCCGCUCCCACCCCCUCCUCCGCUCCCUCCUCUCCCUCUCCUCCCCGACUCCCGCCUUCUCCGUCCCCAGCCCCGAUCCCCCAGCCACCCCGCAGCUCCCCCCCUUCCUCCUCCUCCUCCCCAGCCCCAUCUCCCCCUCCGCCGACUCCUUCCACUCCGUCCUCGAGCUCGAGCUCAACCUCAACCCGUGGAGCUCCCCCGCCCCCUCCGACCCCCUCCCCGUCUUCUUCGCCGCGCUCCACCCCCUCCCCCACGGCGACGGCGACGGCCACCGCUCCGUGCUCGCCCUCAAGUUCCACACCGCCGCGUGCGACCGCACCUCCGCGGUCGCGAUCCUCACCGAGCUCAUGCGCUUGAUGGCGGCGGAGGGAAGAACUGCUGAAGAGGCGGAAGAAGAAGAAGGAGGAGGAGGAGGAGGAGGAGCAAGCGGAGAAGAUGAUGCGGGGUGCGAGUUGGGGAUCGAGGAUCGGAUUCCGAAGAGGGACGCGUGGAAGCCGUUCUGGGCGAGGGGGAAGGAUUUGAUCGGGUACUCGCUGAACGGGUUGAGAACGUCCACGCUCCGGUUCGAGGACGCCGCUUCCAACCGCUGCUCCCAAGUGGUCCGGUUCGUCAUGGACGCCCCCGAGACGCGGAGUCUCCUCCGUGCAUGCAGGGCAAAAGGAGUUAAGCUCUGUGGAGCCAUUGCAGCUGCUGCAUUGAUAGCUGCGCACUCAUCAAAACAGCUCGAGAAUGGUUGCUACGAGACGUACUCCGUUGUGACCCUGAUUGAUUGUCGGAAAUAUUUGGAACCUGUUCUAGACAAGCAUAAUGUUGGAUUCUAUCACUCGGCAAUCACGAACGCACACUCAAUCCACGGGGGUGAAGGACUAUGGGAGGUAGCCAUUCGGUGCCACAACUCCUACUCCAACGCGAUGAGCAACAAGAAGCACCUCACAGACAUCGGCGACCUCAACUUCCUCAUGUGCAAGGCCAUUGAGAACCCCCAACUCACCCCGUCCUCCUCCCUCCGUACGGCAAUCAUUUCUGUGUUUGAGGAACCCGUGGUCUACGAAACCUCUGACCUGCAAAAGGCGCUCGGGGUGGAGGACUAUGUGGGGUGCGCGUCGGUUCACGGCGUGGGGCCCUCUAUUGCCGUGUUUGAUACAAUCCGGGACGAGCAGCUGGACUGCGCCUGUGUGUACCCUGCCCCCCUCCAUUCGAGGAAGCAGAUAGAAAGGGUGGUGGAGCAUAUGAAGCGUAUUCUGAUUGAAGGAAGUAGUCAUUUAGACGAUCACGAGGACUUUGUCGAAAAUAAUGAUUGAAGUAGUAGGGCUUCGUGUAUAUGUUCUGCUGAGAAAUAAUUCUAUUCUCUUUCAUUAAAAUUGGAGAGGACAAUUUGGUAUUGUAUGUUGCCCAUAAUUAAGAUGACCUUACUUAUGGUGUGUUUGGUUCGCACUAUCUUUUAAA